AGGCUAUGCCUAUUGGCUAUUACCCUAUAAAGGUAGGAGAGAGAGACGAUGCAAUAUUUCUUUUUGCACAAUUCCUUCUUUACCUACUCCUUUAAUACCAGUAAUUCAUUCUUCUAAUAAAUAAAUGUUUAUCCAUUACCCUAUAGUAUAGGGCCUAUACUAUAGUAGUAAGUCCCCUUUUUAAAGCCCUAGAAAUCAAACCCCAGUUGCCAGACUUUGCUUUCUUUCUCAGUAAUAACAAGUCACAAGACACUAUUUUUACAUACAUAUAUCUUUUUUGCCAGUUGCUACUUUACUGGUCUACGAUGGAGUACUCUUGUUUGUCAGUGAAUGAAUGGCUGUAAAGACCAAUAGCAAUCCAACUAUAAAUUCAGACCAAAAGACAAGGAAACUGUGAUAUUUAAUCUUUGUCUUCCUACUGUGGUUCUCCUCUUCAGUAUCAGACUUUGCAUAUUUUGAAACUUACAGUGGGGAUGAACAUGAAAAGGAGGUUUUGAUUCUUGGCGUUAGGGACAAGAUAAAUACACUUUGUAACUUUGCAAUUUAGAGUGUGGGGUAGAUAUUUGAAGUCUUUUGUGUGAUCGAUGGAAUCAUCAUCCUCGUCUGGAUCAUCUAAGAGGGCAAAAGCACCUGGCAAUAUUGCUCAAGUAGCUCAUUGCUUGGUUGAUGGAUGUAAUGCAGACCUCAGCCAAUGCAGAGAGUAUCACCGCCGCCAUAAAGUUUGUGAGGUCCAUUCAAAGACUGCCAAAGUCACCAUUGGGGGUCGAGACCAACGCUUCUGUCAACAAUGCAGCAGGUUUCAUUCCUUGGUAGAGUUUGAUGAUGGAAAGAGAAGCUGCCGGAAACGUUUGGAUGGACAUAACAGGCGUCGAAGGAAACCUCAGCCUGAUUCUAUGGCCAAAACUUCUGGAUUACUUUUUACUGGCCAGCAAGGGACGAAACUUCUGUCAUUUAGCAGUCAACAAAUCUUUCCAAGUGCAGCUGCAUGGGCUGGCGUAGUCAAAACGGACAACAACAUGGUAUUAUACAACAACCAAUCGCAUAUAAAUUGCAUGGACAAUCAAAACUCGUUCCCUGAUACUUCAGCUCGUAGCUACAAAGGAGGAAAUCAAUUCCAGUUCAUGCAAGGCAGUGACCGUAGUCUCCCUGAAGCUUCAAUCUGCCAGCCACUUGUUGAUCAUCCCAAUUCUGCAGCAGCAGCAGUUCCUAACAGCGGACAAAAGAUCUUCUCCAGUGGAUUGAACGAAAUUGUGGACUCUGAUCGUGCUCUCUCUCUUCUGUCAUCAGCACCCGCUGUAACUAGGGAGAUUGGUUUUAGUCACAUGGUGCAGCAGCCUGCCUCUAUCCCCCGGUCCCAGUCACAAUCCGUCGUUCAUAGCCUGCACUAUGGUGGUCUAAGCCAGUACCCUUUUGCUCAAGAUUUCAAUAGCCAACCUCAAGAUUCUGCUGCAGAUUCACAUGUUAGCAACAACAGCUCUCUGCAUUUCCAUGAUAUGUUACAAAAUGGACCAGAUGGAUCAUCUACAAGUGGUGGCUGUCAGCAAACGCUAGCCUUUAUGUGGGACUAAAUAAACUUUCAGGACAUCUUAAUUUGGUCUUUGUUAACAUCAAGAAAAUUCCUUCCAAGAAAAUGUUAUUCCGAUUAAGAAUGUUUAGCUUCUAAUUAGCGACAUAAUUUCUUCUCUAAAAGGGUCGAAUGUCAGCAAGAUCCUAUCAUGAAGUUAUUUGUGACAGAGGUUGACUUUGUGUGAAAUAUGAGUUGACCAUUCUAUAUUCCCCUGACCAUUU